AUGUUUGAAAACUUGCCUGAUAGUGUUUGUUGGUCUAUUAUCAAGGCCAAAGCAUUUUCUUUAGUUGGAGCAUUAGAGACUCCAAACAUGAUAUGUCUAGGAGAGAAAAUUGCAAAACAAUGUGGUGGUUUACCACUAGCUGCAAAUGUUCUCGAUUGGAAGAUUAAGAGAAAAACUUUGAUUCGACUAUGGAUGGCUGAAGGGUUUCUUCAUCCACCUCAUGGUGGAAAUCAAAUUUCAGCGGAAGAUGUUGGCAAUGAUUACUUCCAUUGUUUAUUGGCCAAUUCAUUUUUUCAAGAUGUCAGAAAGAAUAAGUUAGGGGAUAUAAAAACAUGCAAGAUGCAUGAUUUAGUACAUGAUCUUGCUCAGAGUGUCAAUGGUGUUCAUGAUAUCAAGAUUGUCAAUUCCUGUGAAAUAGAAUCUAUUUCUGGAUGUCGUCGUAUGCAGUUACUUUUGGACGAACAAAACUCAGAAACAUUUUCAAAAAUCUUGGAAAAAGCAAAAAAAUUGAGUUCCUUUUUCUCCCUGGAAAAUGAUCAUUUGGGAAUACAUUUACAUUAUAGCAAGAAUCUAAGAGUGGUUUGUUUACUUGGACGGCAUACUUCUCUAGCCAUUGAUCAGUCUCUGAUACUUAAGCUCAAGCAUUUGAGGUACCUUGACCUGUCUGAUUGUAUUUUUGAUGCACGACAUGACAUGUCCAUCCAUCAACUUUACAAUUUGCAGACGUUAGUGCUUCACGGAUGCGAAAACAUUAAGAAGAUUCUCGUAGGCAUUGGGUCUCUGAAGAUGUUAAGGCACCUUAAUCUCUCGUGUUCGGAUGUUGUAAAGCUACCUGAUUCUGUGGUGCAGCUUACUAAUUUGCAGACAUUAGAUCUAUAUCGUUGUAGAAGUCUAGUAGAAUUACCUGUGCAUAUUGGGUCUUUGAAAUAUCUAAGAGAGUUGAAACUCGGAGAUUGUAGCAAGUUAGAUGCAUUGCCUAGAGAAGUUGGAGCAUUGGCACGGUUAAGAUGCCUGGAUUUGUCACAUACUAAGAUCAAAGUAUUGCCCGAGGCAUGCAUUAGCAACCUGUGCAAUUUGGAAAUAAUCCAAUUUGGAAGCUGUGAGCUUCCCAAAGAAAUAAAAAAUUUGCCAAAACUGAGAAUUUUUAAACAUUGGAGAGAGAACGAAGAUGAAAUGCCUAGAGGUAUAGAAACUCUUACUUGCCUUGAAGUGUUAGAAUCUUAUGUGGCCAGGAAUAGAGAAACCAUCUCUAGUAGUGGUGACGCAGCUGAUAGUGGGAUUAUAGAAUUAGCCAAUCUAAAUUCUCUACGAGAGUUAACAAUUUGCUAUCUGGAGUUUGUGAGAAGUAGUAUUGAUGCGGAGAGAGCGAAGUUAAAAGAUAAGAUAAACCUCCAUGGGGAAGGGGUUCUGAUUCCAUUUGAGCUUUUUUUGUCUUGUUUAAGACCUUGGAGUUGUUGUUGCAGAUGUUUGUCCCAUUACAGAGAGUUUUCUCGUCCCAAUGGAUACUUUGAAGAAUCCAUCAUCUCGAUUAAAGUCAUGGAUAUGGCUUUUGACAAACAACAAUUCUGGGUCAUCUUCAAAUACCUCCCUGAAGAGUUUAUGAAUGUGUUUGUGGCUAAUGAAAUGGGGAAGAUGCUAGGAGAAGUCAAAGAGCUUGAUCCUGAAGAUACUAAGCCAGUUGACUCCAAUAAUGUAUGA